AAUCAAUAAAUUUGACUCGUGUCAACACACAGAAUACCCGGAGUUUGCAUUGUCUACAAGCGUUACUUCUAGUUGGGUCAGAUCUCGAUGGGACCCACGUGAAAAUCGUCUAUUAGCCGUCGCCUUUCCUCCUUGGUGCUGAUGAGAAAAGGUGCAUUGUGGGAGACGGGUGCAUCAUGGGAGAGGUGCAUUGCGGGCGUGGGAGUCCGGACAUUCGGACCGACGUGACGAGUCCUUCCACCCGCCUUCAGAUCAAUAAGAAAGCUGAAAUUACAGCAUGGCGUGCGAGACCCUUCUCCACACAGUAGGAUCAAUGACACUCAAAUAAAUAAUUCGACCCGAUCAAUCACCGGCUCGACCCCAACUUCCGCUUCUCGAACCCUCAUUGAUCGACAACAGUUUCCUCAACUUGUAUUGUGUUAUCUAUCGAUAAAAUCACAAGAAGUAGAGGACACUUCACAGUCUUAUAGGGCCAAAUAUACACUUGUGGACAGCCGCCGCAUCCAUCUCGGCUUUCGCCUCAAAGGGUAGCUCUGCUGUUCACGAUGAAUUGGGCGUCACUGGCUAUAUUUCUGUUAAUAAUAACCCAAGCGCAAGGCCUCUCCGUGUGCCCAUCUCGUGUGAUCACCUCUGAUGGAGGCGAGGUUACCUCUCCCGGAUAUCCGUCGAACUACCCACCAAACACAGACUGUACCCUGACCAUUGCCACGGGGCCUGGGGCCAAGUUCAACGUCAUGUUCAAUGACCUAAGUAUUGAGGUAGACCCUGAUGCGCCCGAAGAGUGUAAGAUGGACUCCCUCGUCAUCACGGAUGGGUCUAAGACGCGCAAGUACUGCGAGGAGAACGUUCCUGCGUAUGACUUGCCACGCCAUAACUUCAAGUCUGAGGGUAACACCCUUGUCAUGAGGUUCAAGUCGGAAAAUGCCUUCCAAUUCAAGGGGUUUAAGAUUACCUUCAAGGCUGAAAAAGGAAAAGUUAUACCUCCGGAGAGUAACGUCUGCCCGUCACGCCAUAUCAAGUACACUAUGGGCGGAGAGUUCUUCUCGCCCGGGUUCCCUGUGGCGUACCCUGCGAACAGCCGCUGCAGAGUGAAAAUCACGAUCCCUGAUAAUUACCAGAUGAACGUGUGGCUGACAGACUUCCAGAUACACGAGACACCUUCAUGCCGUAGUGACCGGCUCAUCGUCAAAGACGACUUGGGAGGCUACUUACUAUGUGGGGGUGGUAGAAACCACAGGGUACCCAAGAUACGACCACUGACGUCCACUACAUCGAAGAUCCAGUUCUACUCGGACUCGAAAGAUUCGGCCCCAGGCUUUCACUUGCACUAUAAUAUGACUCGGCUUACAAAGGGUAGCUGCCAGUGUACUGUGGGCUCAAGUUUCAUCAUGAUAACGAGGUUCAGUGGGAAGGUCAAUCGUACCCGUCACGUGAUCACCUUAAGCCUCAAGACCGCGCAAUCACGAGGUCUGAUCUUUUUCGCCAAGGGCGAGUUACGUGACUACAUCUACAUCGGCAUCAAAUACGGGAAAGUGUUCUACGACAGCGACCUCGGCACAGGGCGAAGCAAGGUGUAUGCCGAGGGGAUAAGAGUGGACGAUGGGGAGUGGCAUUCUGUUGUCAUCACACGAGAGAAAAAGACACUCGCAAUCAGUGUGGACAACGGCAGAGCUAAAGGUCAGACGGACACGAGAGGAGAUUUCAAUAAAAUCGACCUUCCUAACUCAGUCGGGUUGAUCCUGGGUGUACCAAGCACCGUCAAGGGACUGGUACCAAACUUCAUCGGAUGCAUCCGGGACUUCUCAGUGGAUGGAAUAGAGCCGCUGACCAAUGCUUACGCGGGCAAGACCGAGUACCGCGUGAAUGGACCGAAGAUGACUGAAUGCCUUAAUUAAAAUGAGUCCAUGUCCGCCGCCAUUUUGUGAUCCUGGCAAAGUACUAGGUGCGAGAAAGCAUCCAUUUCCAUCGGCUGAUUUGGCGAAGCUAUUGUGAUAUUUUGUUAUUGAACUUAGUCAAUAGAGCAUACAAAUACGUUUUUAGGUGGCUAUGAGAUUUCUUCACAAAAUUUCUCUUCCAGUAUCGAUUGAAAACAAUAACAAACGUGCGGCUGACGAGGGCGCUUUAAUUCGCAGGCGGCUGAGGACGAAAAUUCACCUUUUGGUUUGUUUGGGUUCGGAGGGCUGGUGGAGGGAAUUGUGGGCUUGUCUUACAAAGAAAAGAUGGCUAUCUUGUUUUGUAGGCUUGUCUUACAGAAGACCGCUAUAAGCAAAAUCUUCACCAUAAACACAGCGAUGUUCCAUGUAUUCUUGUAAUCUAAUUGGAAAUUCCUUAAGGUUUUUUAUUAUUUUAGUGUCUUUAUGAUAGCCAGAUGGGAAUGUAAUAUUUUUAGGUAUUCUUGAUAUGUAAAACAUAAACUUGAAUUUUAGACUAA